AGCACACAAAAGCAGUCAAGUGUCCGUGUCGAGUCGACCGGCCGCGACGGAAACGGCCGCGCAACUCCUCAAAAGUCUUUGAAACUCCGGCGCUUUGCUCCUCAAAGUGGUGUGACAGAAGAGUUUAAGGUGGAGGUGGGACUGCAUCAGGGAUCCGCGCUGAGCCCCUUCCUGUUUGCUGUGGUAAUGGAUAGGCUGACAGAUGAGGUUGAGUGACAAGGCUAUUGCUCGAGCGCCGCCAUGAUUGCCACGGGCGGCCUGCUGCGCAUGAACCGGCGCCAGGACUCCCUGCGCUCCAAAAACCGCGCAGAGAACAAAAAGAAGCGGAAAUCCAAGAAGAAGAAGAAGAACGAUGUGGUGGUGGUGAAGGGCAAACUUAACCUGUGCUCACCCGCCGGCCUGGUGGCGGCCGUCGGGCUCGUGGUCCUCAUGGUGGGCAUCUCCAUGGCUGUGCUGGGGUACUGGCCCAGCCAGAACCAGCAGCAGUACCAAGAGCGCAGACGGACUGGGGUGCAGCACGGUAGAAUGAGUUACUCCCAAAGCCCCAACGCAUCCUCCAAUGCGGACCGAGAUCCUCCUAAGGUGCUGAACCAGAGCCACUCCAACGGCAGCAACCCGGCCCCGUCUUCUGCCCACUGCAGCUUCCUGUGUGACUUUCUGGACAACUACCUGUACUCAGACAACCUCAAAGUCUUUGGACCACUGGUGAUGGGCAUUGGGAUUUUCCUCUUCAUCUGCGCCAACGCCGUCCUUCAUGAGAAUCGUGACAAGAAAACCAAAAUCAUCAACCUGAGGGACAUCUACUCCACAGUCAUUGACCUGCACAGCGUCCGCUCCAAGGAGUACUCGCCUCUCAACGGUUUGGUCAACUACACCCAGUCCAAGAGCGCGGAGGCGCCGUCAGGGGGCCACCCAGCAGGGUGCAGCUCCUGGCCCUCUUCUGCCGGACUGGGCAGUGACGAGGUCUUCCGUCGUCCAUCGCGUAGCUGGUCCAAGGACGUCCAGACCUUCACAGACACAGUGUACAGCAUCUAUAAGGACUACAGUAACGGCAGUGAGGAGGCCCCUCGGCCCCGCCAGUGGGACCCCACCUCCAUCGUCACCUCCUCGGUAAACGCCUUCACCCUCCCUGUAAUUAAACUCAACAAUUGUGAGGCGGAGGAAGAUGUGGUCAUUGAGGCAGAGAAGGACCAUGAGAAAGCACAGGGCGACGAAGUGGAGACGAGCCCGCCGCACGAGGACGUACCCGUUCCCGGGUUGCCCCAGUUGUUCCCGCCGUCCCCGGCCACAAAGGCCAUGGGCUCACGUCUGUCCCUCAACUCACUCACAGAUGCGCCCAGGUCAGUGCGCCGCUGCAGCCUGUCAGUGACGGCCUGCCACCAGAGCGAGCGGGGCAGGCGCUUCAGCUGCCCCCGCCUGGAACGCUCCAACAGUAAGGGCUACAUCAAACUCAGCGACCUCGGGGGAGAGUCCUUCGACGCGCCGGACGCUUCUUUAGGGGGGGACGGCGAGCAGGAAGUAGCAGCGGCGGCGGUCGAGCAGGACACUCAGGGGGACGAGGGACAGGCGACGCCCAACACUUCUGUGGAAUCCUAA